AUGGCAUCUAGUGAGGAAUAUCCUUCGCAAUCAGGAAGUCUACCACUUCAGUUAUCAGCUAAACGGAUUUCCAAAGCUCGUAAAUCUUGUUCCGGAGAUCACCAAAAUUCCAGUCCGGUUAGCAAAAAUCAUAUUGACGAUCCGAACAGCAUUAUCAUCACUCCUUCCAUUGAUAGUCGAGAAAUUGAUCGUCUAAAAUUCACUAACCCAGGUAGACAGAUGGAAGAACUAGAAGUCGGUUGGUCCGAAGCAAAUAUGACACGAAGUGUUCGCAGACAAAUGACCUUUAAAUCUGGUCACAAAUCAUCAGAUCGGUUGCAUCCGUUAUACGAUUCUCGUGGCCGCCUUUUAGGAACUUUAGAAUACAGUUGUGAUUGUCUAAAAUCUGAAUGUCCUGGGUGCCAUUUGCCAUGUCGUAGGUGCCAUUCUACGUUUUGUGGAGCAUCAUGUCGAAUUUAUCGAACUUAUCGUGUUAAUGAAGUUAAACUGUUUAUCUGA